AUGGCAACAUCCCGAAAGGCACAAACUGGCGCGGCCGAUCCGCUGAUCCAACAAAUCGCAGACAAGGAUCGCGUACCUUGGUACAACAAACCAAACCUGCGCUAUCUUUACUUGAUGCUUUUCCCAACAUACUUUGCCGAUCGUCCCAAUGGCGAGUUCACUGGUGAGCUAAAAGGUAUCAUUGCCGCUGCCUACUCGCUUGGCGCGAUGCUCUCGCUCCCCUUCAUUGGCGUUAUAAACGACAAACUUGGUCGAAGAUGGUCAAUCUUUGGGGGGUCUGCCAUCAUGGUCAUUGGCUCCAUUAUGCAGGGGUUUUCGGUAAAUGCUGGCAUGUAUAUUGCCGCUCGAAUCUUACUUGGUUUUGGCAUCCCGGCGUGUAUCGUGUCCGGAUCUUCCCUCAUCGGUGAGCUUAGCUACCCCAAAGAGCGUGCAUACCUCACCUGCUUCUUCAAUGUCGCCUUUUACUUUGGUCAAAUCACAGCUGCCGCCAUCUGCUUCGGAACGAAUAGCAUUACUGGAAAUAUGGCGUGGAAGAUUCCGUCUUGGCUGCAGAUGGCACCUUCGUUGGUCCAGAUGGCAUUGAUCUUCUUCAUUCCAGAAAGCCCCCGUUGGCUCAUUAGCAAAGACCGUAGCGAAGAGGCGUAUGGCAUCCUGGCCAAAUAUCACGCAGAGGGUAACCGCGACUCCAACUUUGUCAAGGCAGAGUUUGCUCACAUGCAGACAAUCAUCCAGCUUGAGAUGGAGCACUCAAGCAAGUCACACAUGGACCUCAUCAGAACGGCCGGGAUGCGGCGCCGCACCUUGAUCACUGCAGGCCUCGGGUUAUUUACGCAAUGGUCGGGCAACACGCUCAUCUCGUACUAUCUUAACGAUAUUCUUGAAAUGAUUGGGCGCAACUCGUCCAUUUUCAAACAGCAGAUCAAUGUAGCGCUUUCGUGCUGGAGCCUUGUGUGCGGUGUCGUCAUCGUCUUGACAUGCGUUCGGUUGAAACGCGUGACAGCAGCAUAUAUGUGUACCAUUAGCAUGCUGGUCAUCUACGUCGCUUGGACUGUGGCUAUGGAGAGGGCGACUGCCGCUAUAAACGCUGGAAGACGAAACAAUGGUGCGGCUGUGGCAGUUCUAUUCUUGAUAUUUGCAUACAAGCCUGCGUACCAGAUCUUUUAUAACGCUUUGACGUACACUUAUCUGGUAGAGAUCUGGCCCUACGCUGAACGAUCACGAGGUAUUGCCCUGCAGCAAUUUUUCAGCCGCGGUGCUAGCUUCGCAACGACAUUUAUUAACCCAAUUGGGCUUGAAAAUAUUGGUUGGAAAUAUUUUAUUUCUUACUGUGUCAUUCUAGCCCUCGAGAUUGCAUUCGUCUACUUUUUCUUUGCCGAAACGUCAGGAAGAACGCUAGAGGAAUUGGCAUUCCUCUUUGAAGACAAGGAGUUGGCCGAGGCGGCAAAUGAUGCAGCCAUGAAGGCAUCGGAUCACGCGCGAGUUGAAGAGGUUGAAAUGACUCGGGACGGAAAGGCUGCGUGA